AUGGAACAAGAUUUAUGGAAGCAAAAUGCAUCUGCUAUGAUAGAUUAUCAUGGUCAAGUUUUUGAAAUAAUUUGUCAAAGAUCCCAUGGAAGUCACGCAUUUUCGAUAUUUCAAGGCGCUAAUCCUCUUGAGUUAUCCUUCACGGUUCUCCUCUUAGAUAUGGCUAUAGUUCUUGUAUUAAGCAACAUUAUGCGCUUCCUCUUGAAGCCUCUCAAACAACCUAAAGUUAUCUCUGAUGUCCUGGCAGGCAUAAUCCUUGGACCAUCAGUGCUAGGUCACAACGAGACCUUCGCGAAGAAUGUCAUUCCAGAUAACUCAAGAUUUAUAAUUCGAAAUAUUGGGAUUAUUGGAUUCAUGUUUUUCUUGUUCUUAACAGGCGUAAAAAUGGACGUAGCUGUGAUCACCAAGGUUAGAAAAAAGCUUUGGGUGAUCGCUUCUGGAGGGAUACUAAUCCCCUAUAUCAUUAUAUUUUCCUUCGUAAUAAUCAUUAAACACUUCAUGCACCUUGGACUUAUUAACAAAUCAUCUUCGACGGGAGCUAUUGCUUCAGCUAUAAUCAUCACAGCAUUCCCGGUAAUUUACUCCGUUCUUAGAGAUAUGCAACUUUUAAGCUCGGAAAUUGGGCGUGUUGCCUUAACAAUCGCGAUUAUUGGAGACGUGUUCGGGUUAAGUAUGGUUGUUACAUUUGAAGCAUUGAAGCAAGGUGAAAAAAAGAUGAUAUAUGUGCUAUAUUACUUGUUAGCACUAGUUGCGGUUAGUGGCUUGGUAUUAAAUGGCAUACCGCAUAUAAUGAAAUGGAUUGUUAGGAGAACACCCAAAGGUAAACUCGUGGACCAAAAUUAUGUCAUUGCUACCUUAUUAGGAGUUUUUUUUAUGGGCUUCACCACUGAUUUUAUUGGGGCUGCAAUUGGAAGUGGGCCCAUUUGGCUUGGGCUUGCAAUACCUGAUGGGCCUCCAAUAGGGGAAACAAUUGUCCAAAAGACUGAGGUUAUUUUAAAUGACAUUCUUAUGCCCUUUGCAUAUGCUACUAUUGGGCUUCAGACGGAUGUAUUUCAAAUAUGGGCUUAUUGGGCCUCUUUAAUUCCUCUCUUCACUUUGGUUUUUUCGGCCAUUUUUGUCAAACUUGUUGCGGUUGUUUUAGUAGCUCGGUUUAUGGAGAUGACAUAUAGAGAUUCGUUUACUUUGGGUUUCAUGCUUAGCCUUCGAGGUGAAUCGGAGUUUUUUAUAUGUCUUCAUUGGAUGGAUUUAAAGAUCAUAGACGCGCAGUCUUUCUCAUUAAUAGUGAUUUUGAUAAUAUUAAUGACAAGCAUAGCUUGUCCUAUAAUCAACUACCUCUAUGAUCCAACAAGACCAUACUUGAUAAACAAGAAAAGAACCAUACAACACAGGGUGCAGGAGUCUGAACUUCGAAUCCUAGCAUGCAUUUACGAUCAAGAAAGUGUGGCUAACCUAUUUAGCCUUGUGGACUUCAUUAAUCCAACAACAAAUAACCCAUUUACAGUUUUCGCUCUCCACCUUGUUGAACUCUUAGGGAGAGCCGCCCCAGUGUUCAUCAACCACACGAAAUAUAAAGAUGUGUAUCGAGACAACAACAAUGAGGCCGUUCACAAAGCCAUCAAUCACUACGAAAAGGCUCGUAGAGAUUGCAUUACAAUGAACUUUUUUACAAGUGUUACACCUAAUCGGACCAUGUACCGAGAUAUUUGUGAGAUUGCUUUGUUGAACAAGGUAGAACUUAUUAUUUUACCCUUUCAUAAGAAAUGUAUUGAAAAUAGGUAUGAUUUUUCAACUGCCAUACGUAGGGUAGGGGUACAAUCUACUAAUGCUAAUACGUUGUCCCAUGCACCAUGCUCCGUUGGAAUUUUAGCAUGUAAGAACGUUGCUCCAUGGGGGACACUCCCAACUCGAAUAAGCUACCGCGUAAACUGCGUGUUUGCACUGUUGUUCCUAGGAGGGCCUGAUGCCCGUGAGGCCCUUUCGUUGGUGAGUCGCAUGGUGGAACAUCCUAACGUGUCAUUGAUCGUGGUUCGAUUCUUGGCAAAUGAGUAUGAAGGGUAUGAGAAGUCGGAGAGAAAGAUGGAUGAUGGGGUGAUAACUUGGUUUUGGGUUAAAAAUGAAAGGAAUGACAAAGUAGUGUACAAGGAGGUUGUUGUGCGCAAUGGUUUUGACACUGUUUUGGCCAUUAAAAUGUUAAAUGACAGUGCUCCUAUAGAUCUUUGGAUUACAGGGAGAAAUAAUGGAAUUAACCCAAUUAUAAUAGAGGGUUUAUCAGAAUGGAGUGAAAAUCCUGAAUUAGGAUUAUUAGGUGAUGUUUUGGUGUCAUUGGAAUCGGGAUCUGUAUUGGUAGUGCAACAACAAGUGUUAAGAAAUCAUCGUGUUAAUCCUUGA